CGGUGCUGAAACACAACCGAAGCGCAUUGAGGCAACACGGACAUGCUGUUCACGCUCAUUCACAUUAUCUGAGCUCUACACAAAAGGCGGUAUUAUGUUGUCACUACCGAAAUUGUCCGCCGGAGGGGUGGUGGUCCUGCUUGUUACCCUCCUCCAAACACUAACCGUGCAGGGCGCUUCUGUGCGCCACCAUCGCCUGCGAGGCGGAGACCAGGGGGGCUUCCUUGCCCCCAGCUCCGAUAUGAUCAAAGCUCUGGAGUACAUUGAAAGCUUGAAGCAGAGAGCCGAUGGAUCAGAGAGUCCAACAGGGGACUACGACGAGGUGGACAAAUUCCGUUUUCUAGUGCAGCUCGCCUCCCUACAGGAUGAGAAUGCACCCACGCGUGAGGAUGCCACCCGUUGGCCUGAUAACAAGGUGCCACAGUGGGUUCAAUCUCUGCUGCGGGUGCUUGAACAAGCUGGAGAAACUCCGGAAAGCCAGCCAGCGCCCAGAAACGAGCGGCGGUGA